UUAAAAUUUCUCAAAAAAAAAAAAAAAAUCGAAACACCGAAGGCGAUCUCCAACUCCGAUCGUCUCGGGAUUUAGGAAUACCACCUUCGCGCCGGCCGUCGCUGAAAUGGCGGUUAAUUGGCUGCCUCCGGUAUCACUCACCGCCUCCGGCCGCCCGGUCUUCGUCCCUGGCGAGGUCGAGCGCUGCCUCCUCCCCGCCGUCGACCUCGAGCCCGGGGAGAACCCCUCCCUCUCUCCUCUCCUCUCUGGACUCCUCGUCCUCACUUCCCACCGCCUCCUAUGGAUUGACGAGACCUCCUCCUCUGGAUUUGCUCUCCCCUUCGCUGCCGUCGUCCACGCCUACCCCCCUAAGAAGUCCAUCCGCAGCAUGUUCGCUAGCCCCAGGAUCCGCAUCCAGGUCUCGGCGUCGCCUGAUGGGAGGGUAGUCGCGGGCGGCACUCGUUCCGAGAUGAUUACAGUGGUGCUGAGAGGGAAGAACGAUCCUGAUGUGUUCUACGGCCGGCUAUUGGAGGUGCUGCGAUCGAGGCAGUGGGAAGUUUCAGUGGAGGCGGAAAAGAGGGAUUUGGAAUCAGUAUCGGCGGGAACUUCGACCACCACAGCGGCGGCUAGGGUGAGAAUGCCAGUGGUCGGGGUAUCAGGGAUUUUGAGAAAAGAGCAAGAAUUGUGGGAGAGCACAGAUAAAAGCUUACAGGAGGCCUUCCAGGAUCUCAACGCUCUGAUGAGUAAGGCUAAGGAAAUGGUGCAACUGGCUGAGAAAAUGAGGCUGAAGUUAUUAUCAGGUCCAAGUGCUCAGGGAAACCCUAAUGAAGAAGAGAUGGGUUCUAAGCAAGACAUGCAAGAUUGGCUUUUAAGUGUUGGUAUUGCAUCUCCAGUUACAAAGGAAUCGGCUGGUGCUUUGUACCAUCAACAACUUGCUCGGGAGCUUGCAGAUUUUGUUAAGCUGCCACUUGAGAAGGCUGGAGGAAUGAUUGCAUUGAUAGAUGUCUAUUGUUUAUAUAAUCGUGCUAGAGGAACUGCACUGAUUUCACCUGAGGAUCUUCUGCAAGCUUGCACCCUUUGGGAGAAAUUUGAUGUCUCUGUAAUGCUUAGGAAGUUUGAUAGUGGUGUAAUGGUUAUUCAGAAUAAAGCUCAGAGGGAUGAAGAGGUCUUUGCAAGGAUAGUUUCCCUUGCACAAAAGCCAGAGGCACUUAGAACAGGAAUAAGCCCGAGUGACGCUGCUUUGACCUUAGGAAUUGCACCUGCUCUUGCCAAAGAACAACUGCUGACUGCUGAAAGCAUAGGCCUUGUAUGCAGAGAUGUUAGUCCUGAUGGCUUCCGUUUUUAUAUCAACCUCUUCAGGGAGAUUGAUACAAAUGAUAUUUACUUGAUAAAAAAACCCGGACCUUUUCAUGCAUGGCUAUCUGCCAUAUCUUUGUCUGGGUAGAGAAUGUGGCAAUUAUCAGAGGCACAAGUGCGACAAGGAGCAGAAGCAGCUUAGCAAAGCUCUUCCUGGUGCACGAUUAAGGUACAUUGCUUGAGAGGGGAUGUCAUGAGCAUUGUCUAGAUUCUCCUUUUUCUAUUUAAAGAUCAAAGGAAAUAACUUUUUGUAGCAUGUGCAAUAUUUGUGCUCUCUCUCUAGAUACUUGCAUUCAUGUUUGCUGUUGGUACGAUGUUAGUCUUGGAUUUGAAUAAAACAGCUUGGCCUGGGACCAUCAUCUCUGUAGUCAUUUAAAUGUUCGAGUAAAACAAAUUGUCAGCAUCAGGUCUGGGGUUUGAAUCUCAAUAUAAUUGAGGUAAUGUCUCUUU